GCUUAAAAAUUAAAACAAGUCGUAAAACGUAAGUAGCAAGCCCAGAGAGUCGUCGCUUUCAGUUCAACUCACAAAUUUAAAUUCAUCGCCGGCGAAUUACGCCGGCAAUCAUCUCCGACACUCCUCGCCUUUAUUUUUCUCGCAAUUUCUGAUAUCCUCACACUCAAACCCUAAUUUCCGAAAUCACUCACAUUCAUCAAUUACGAGCGAUUCACUGUCACUUCCGGCAACAAUUUUUCGCAAUUCGGAGUUAAUUGUAGUAAAAAGUGCUGCGAUGGCGGCGAAGCAAAUGGAAGAGAUUCAGAAGAAGUUGACGAUUUUGAAUUAUCCAAGAGCUAAUGCUCCUGCUCAGUCUCUUCUCUUUGCUGGAAUGGAACGUUACGCUCUUCUUGAGUGGCUUUUCUUCAGAUUAUUGGGUGACAAGUCACCUUUCUCUCAGCAAAAUUUGCAAGGAGAUGGUGUUGAUCGUGAUGAAGAGACUUCUCGCAUUCAAUACUUGGCAGAAAUUGCUAAGUUUCUUGGCAUCACAACAACUGUGGAUACAGAGGUUAUUCAAGGACGUGGAAGUUAUGAGGAUCGAACAGAAAUGCUUAGGCUCAUUGUAGAUCUUGUUGAGGCCAGCAUCUAUGCUGAUAAUCCUGAUUGGAGUGUUGAUGAGCAGGUGACAAAGGACAUACAACUAAUUGAUGCGAUUGCUGAGAAACAAGCACAAAUUUUCUCAGAAGAGUGCAAAUUGUUUCCUGCAGAUGUGCAGAUCCAAUCCAUAUAUCCAUUGCCAGACAUUGCUGAUUUGGACUCAAAGCUGUCAGAACUUUCAAACAAGCUCCUGACUCUACAACAAAAUGUUGAUGAUUUGGCAUCAAAGCAUGAGUAUAAUCCUGAUGAAGAUUAUGCGGAAGUAGAAAUAAAGCUGCGAUCACAUUUGGAGUCUUUUCUGGAAACAACCAGAUCUUUUAAUGUGAUUUACACUAAGGAAAUACGGCCUUGGACGCACAUGAUGGAGGUACCACAGCUUCAUGGUUUUGGUCCUGCUGCAAAUAGGUUGCUAGAGGCAUAUAAAAUGUUGUUGAAGUUCCUGGGAAAUCUAAGGAACCUUAGAGAUUCACAUGAUGCAGUGAAGGCUGGGUCAUCUGAGACAGUUGGUGGUGAGCCUUCCUCUGUUGUGAGGAUAAUAUCCGAGUGCGAGUCUUCUCUCACACUGUUGAAUCGAGAUCUUGGUAUACUUUCGGCUUCUAUUGCUCGUGAACGAGGUGGUCUGACUUCAUAGGCAGGUCUCCAACAAAAUUCAUACAACUGCUGUAUCAAAGUCAUUGUUUUGUAUAGUGUUGUGAUGUGUAGUUUUGAUUUUGGGUUUUGAGGCCAUUGGUGGCAUGAGAGCAGUUUCAACUAGAAUAUCUUUGAUCUAUAACAUGUUGCCAUCAUGAAAUUGUAAUUUUUUUUUAUAUUUUUUAAAAUCAAAUUAAUCUUGAA